AACUGCCUAGUGUGUUUUUAUUGCUAGUUUCCAUGGUUAGCGCAUAAUAAUAUUACUAAUAAAGAGAAGAAGAAGAAGACAAGUUUAUUUUAUUACACUAUAUAUGAUCUGUUUUAACGGCUAUUCUUAAUGGUCUAAAGUGUAUAUAUAUGUAUAAAGAGAGAUAUAUAUAUAUAUGAGGGCAAAGGGUUCUUAGAUUUUCCACCAGUCAAACCAUUUUCUAAGCCCCUUUUUCUUUACAAAAAUAUUCAGUAUAUCAGUUGAACUUACAUACAUAUAUCUGAGAAAAAAAAUGAAUUUCAAUCCUGAAAGUGACAUGUGGAAAUGGCGUGACAGUUAUGGUCUCGGAGAUGAUCCCGAUGUUGUAGAUAUAUCUGAUUGCUUGUUGAGCAAAGGUGAAGACAUUUCCUUUAUGUUUGAUGAUGAAAGUACUCCAGUCAAGUCUUGUGAAGAGUUGACUCACCAUGUUAGCAGCUAUGAAAACAAUGACAAGGAAACCCAGAGAUACAAUGAGUCAUCCUCACAAGUGAAAAGGCGCAGAAUGCUACAGUUCGAAUCAGAAGCAUCAGAUGCACCACUUUGCAAUGAGGAACUAUCAGCGUCAUUUUUAAAUUCGCAGGAGACCGACACUUCUGUUGAAGAAUUCAUCUCUGAAAUGUCACAAUGGGUUUCGGGAUUUUCAGAGGACAUGUCUUCAUCUGGUAUUGAGGGGCUGGAUCAGCAAUCCGAAGGAUGGGUUGCUAGUUGUUUUAAUGAUUCUCAGAUGCAUGUGAGCCCUGAGGAUAUCAUGGCCUCUAAUAUUCAGCUUGAUGUUACAGAGAUUUGCAACACCCCGCCGCCUGAAUAUGAAUCUAAUGUGGUUCAAGAGCGCCCUGUACAGACUCGUAAAAAUGUUGUUUUCAAAGGUAGGAAAUCAUAUAUGCGGGCUCCUACAAAAGUUGCCUCCUCUGUUGUCUAUCCAUUUGCUUUUGUUAAACCGUGUGGUGUCCAUGGAGAUGUGACUCUGAAAGACAUAAACCAGCGGAUACAGACCCCAAAAUCAAAGACAGCACAGAAUAGUGUAGAUCCUUCAGUUGCAUACCCAAAGUCUGCUUUCUCUGGUAAGCCUGUUGUUGGAAAGACUACAAUUCAGACAGAAGGAGGAAAAGGCAGCAUUACUAUAAUGAGGACAAAGGGAUAGUUAUUUAAGCAAUUAUAAUCGUUUUUUCUUUCGAGGGUUUGCUCCAUUUCUUUUGGAGACAGAAUAUCCUCAGUUUUUCCAAGGUCCUCGCGGUAUACAUGCUUCCGGUUGAUAUCAUCCUUGUAGCUCAUAUCGCGAUGUCGCUUAUGCAUAUGGUCAAGAGCCCCUCUUGUUGCAGCAUACCAUGCUUUAGACAUGGUACGGUCAACGUCAUAGUUGUAGUAUUGUAGUUUGUUGGAGAUCCUCUUGUAAUUUGACUGUACAAAACCUUCAUUAACGUUGCUAAAUUUAUUAAUUUGAGAGAGCCUUUUGUUA